AUGGUUUUGCUUACCGAUCUCGUUAAUGCCGCGUUUGCUCUAUCCUCUGGUGUCGGUGAUCCAGCGUCGGUUGAAGCGCCACAUGGCCUCGCUAGGCGCGAUGUAAAGUAUCUUCCUCGUUUUGCCAAUGAUGUCGUGCAGCUCCAUCAUACAGUAAAGGUCGCCAAGAAUGUCGUCCAGGCGCGGAACACGCAGGCAGUCCAAGUCCCAGUGUCCGAGUUGGAAGACAUCCUCAGCAAGUUGCAAAGCCUUGAGAAACAGGUAGCCGCUUUGAUGCCACCUGGUGGUGGCGUUCCCAACGAAAAGAAAGUGGCUGCCAACGGCGAAGAGUGUGAUGUCGAGCACUUGUUGUACUAUCUUGGGGUCAAUGGCACCAACAGCAAGCGCGAUGAGGGUCGGGCAGCGAACCUGCUUCUACAUCAGCCUCACCUGACGAUCAAGAUGGCCAAGGAAGUCGCGGCAGCUCAUCGAAUAACGCCGAUCCACUAG